AUGGCGGCGCCCGCAGAGCGGCGCGCGGAGAAGCGGGUUCCGCGGUGCAUCAAGUGCCGCGCGGCGGACGCGGCGGCGCUGGUGAAUCAGACGGAGGCGCUGUGCGCGGGCUGUCUGCGCGGCGCGCUGCUGGGGAAGUUCAAGUCGGCCGUGAAUAGCGGCAAGCUCGUCGCGAAGGACGAUCACGUGCUGCUCGCCUUCUCGGGCGGCGCCGCCUCCAGGUGCGCGCUCGACUUUCUCCUCGCCAUACAGUCACCCCUCCUUCACUCACAAGGCGCCGCACCGCUCGGCGCGCAAGGGGCGGCGGCGAGGGGGCGCAUUCCGUUCCGCCUCUCCGUUGCUUACGUGGACGAGCGCGUGGCGGUGGGGAAUGACCUUCUGCCACGUGGCACUGCUGACAGGCUGGCAUGCGAGUUGCGGGAGAUCGUGAGCGACGCUGUGGCGGCGCACAGGGGCGCACGUGACUGCAGCGGGGGCGACUGCGGGGAGGGCGGAGGGCGAGGGGCGGCGAGGGAGGGAGGGGCGGGGUCGGAGAAUGGGGGGGGGCACGGAGUGGCAUUCCACGUGGUGCGCCUGGAGAGCGCGCUCGCGGAUGGGGGGAGUGCGCCCGCGGAUGGGGGGAGUGCGCCCGCGGAUGGGGAGAGUGCGCCCGCGGAUGGGGAGAGUGCGCCCGCGGAUGGGGAGAGUGCGCCCGCGGAUGGGGAGAGUGCGCCCGCGGAUGGGGGGAGUGCGCCCGCGGAUGGGGGGGGUGCGCCAAUGGAGGGCGACGGGGGGGAUGGGGAGAGCAGGGCGGAGGGGUUGGCAUCACGGCUGGCGGUGGUGGUGGGGGGGGGCGGCGGAGGGCACGGGCAGGGAGGACGUGGUGGGGGCUCUGCGCCUGGAUGCGCUGAUGCUGGUGAGAGGGGGGGGGGGCUGGGAGGGGAGGGGGCAGGGAUGCAGCAUUUGGCGCAGCGGCUGCGGUGCAGCAAGGUGGUGGUGGGCAGCACGGCCUCUCGCCUCGCAGCCCAUACCAUCGCCGCCACCGCCAAGGCGCAGGGCUUCGCGCUACCAGCGGACCUGGCGGUGUGGGACGCACGGAGGGGAGUGCCGGUGGUGCGGCCGCUGCGCGACUGCUCUCUGCGCGACCUCGCCCUCCUCGCCCACCUCCACUGCCUCCGCACCGCCUUCGCCCCCUCCCUCGCCACGCGUGCCUCCCUGCGGGGGGGCGCAGGGAGCGGGGCCACAGGGGGGGCGGAGAGCAUCAAUGCGCUGGCGGCGUGGUUCCUGGAGGGGCUGCAGAGGGAGAGCAGCGGGCGCCAGUUCACCGUCACUCGCACCGCCCUCAAACUGCAACCCUUCCCCUUCAACCUCCCCCCCUCCCUCGCACCCCCCUCCCCCACGGCUGCUGACUCCCCUCCUCCGCCCCUCUGCGCCAUCUGCCUCGCCCCCCUCCCCCCGUCUGCUCUCGCCCCCCCACUCCCGCCUGAACCCCCUGCUUCUGGUGUUGCCACAGCAGCCGCCGCCCCUUCCCUGCCCCUCUCCCCUUCGUCCUCCCCCCUCUGCUGCAGCUGCCGCUGGGGAGUGGUGGGAGCAGGGGAAGCCACGCGGAUGGGAGGAAAAAGGGGAACAGGUGGAGCAGAAAGGGGAAGGGAGAACGGGGAGGGUGGACGGGGGGAGGUGGAGGGAGGGGGAGGGGGAGCAGGUGCGGGUGGAGCAGGGGGGGUGGCAGGGCUGCCAGAGGCGUUUCUGGCGCGGGGCAGGGCGGGCAGUGCGAGCUAUUCUCACUGGCUCAGGCAAUGCGAGAGGUACGGGGGAGGCGGAGGCGAGUCCCUUUGCUUCUCCCAGCAAUUUGUUCCCCAAUAA